CGACGCCACAAAGACUACGUCCUGAUAGAUUCAUCGCGCCACAAAAAAGUGACAGAACUGCGGAACCGGCUGCAAGGUUAUCGGGAGGCACUGAUACAUUUGAGAAAUCUUACCAAGGCUUUGUGUGCGAACAUAGCGAGAGAGCCUCCAACGUUGCUUCAAGGUAAGCAGAAUGAAGAAGGACAAGUAAAAAGCUAUCAACAUGUGCUGGCCGCUGACGGAGAGGACGUAUCCGUCCCUUGUGCAGUAACAUCCCCUUCGAAAGGGGUGCAUGAUAAUUAUGUCAAGGCCUGCAAUCUGCCACUGCUGAAGCACCUUUCAGGCUCGGCGGUUGGUGAUCCGCAGCUCCACAGACUAACACCUC